CCGAUUUGGCAAGUGCAAACAGCACCUCACCAUCGUGCCGCCCAGCAGAGCACUUACAUCUUUCGUCAACAAUGUCGUACGGGGCUUACACUCGCUCGCCGUCUCCUGCGUUUUCACAGACAUCAGAACAACAAGAUGAUACCUCAGCAGACGAAACACCCGAUGUUCAACCGAGCGUGAGCCAAACAGGCUCUCCGGGGCCUACAGCUGCUGAGCAUGUGGAGGCAGCGGGGUCUGACACGAUGACAUGCCUCUGGGACGACUGCGGCAUCGUCUUCAGCCACCUCCCCAGCCUCAUAGAGCAUAUUCAUUCCACGCACAUUGGCGUGCACAAGUCGAACUACACUUGUGAGUGGGCGACAUGCAACCGCCGCGGACUCGCACAAACCUCGCGAUUCGCCCUUAUAUCCCAUAUCCGCUCGCAUACCGGAGAGAAGCCGUUCAUUUGCUCUCGACCAGAAUGCGACAAGUCCUUCACCCGCUCCGACGCACUAGCAAAGCACAUGCGACUACAACAUAACAUGCCUCCACCCCCUUCCGGCCGGGGCGCCUCAGGGGUACGCAAACGCAAGCGAUCCCAGUCUCCCUCCCACCCCCAAACCAACGCACCUGUCCCCGAACAAUCUGCAUUCAAUACCUUCAAACUCGAACCUCAUACGCCUUCUGAGCUCGACAACGGUAUCGGGGGUGGAGGGGAUUACUUUUCAGCCCUCACGCGCGAGGAAGAUGACGAUGAAGACGAUGGGGAGGAUGAUGGACUUCCACCGCAUUUGCAGAGGCUUAUGGACCCCAGGACUGGCCUGAUAAUGGGUCGCACUCCUGCGCUCGUCAUGUAUAUAAUCCAGAAAGCAAAAAUGCGCUAUGCGCUCGAAACUCAUGCAGCGCUCAUCGAGGAACUUAGGAUCACGAGGGCACAGGCGAAGGAAGAAAAGACAAAGAAAGAGGCAAUGCUGGAUGACUUGAUCAAGUCUGUCUUUGGAGAAGAAGCAACUGCGACCGUCUCACAAGUUCAUCCCCCGUCCCACCCAGCACACCAGAUCCCACGGCUAACGCAAGCGCAUCAUGCGCCAGCCUCGUAUCCACCGCAGCAUGUGCAUUGAGACUCUAGUACACUACACCUCUCCUGUAUUAUCGUUCUGCUCUCUUGCUUUAUUGUUAUUGUGAUUUUGAAA